AUGUCUUCAACAAGCUCCUUAGAGGGCGCCCCUCUGGCCGAUUACUUUUGGAUUGCUGGUCUGGACGGAUCCGAGGUCUUCGACACAUAUAGGCGGUUGGGCGAGGAAUAUCGUAUCAAUGGCGCUGCAUCCCCGGGGCCGGCCCUCGCCGAUGCCAUUCAGGAAGAUGCGGAUGCCGAGGAAGAGGAUCCCGCGGAUGGUACUUCCCGGCCCGUCUCGACUUUGUACAUGGGUUCGAAUACGAGCCGUCGCGUGUCUCAACAGCGGCUGUCCACUGUUUCCAGGGACUCGGGGCAAACCAAUGGCGCGAACAGCAACCGCAGUAGUAUGACGGUUAAGGGCGCGUCGUCGCCGUUGCGUGCCUCCGCGCUGUUUUCCGAGGAUUUCGAUUUCGACCAAGCAUUGGUUAAAUUCGCGUCGGAGAGAGAUACCUUUUUGACGGAUUUGAAUGUGAGCGCCGGCGCCAUUACGCAGAAUACUCGUCCUCGAUCUCGGGUGCGGACUCAAAAGAUUGUUUCGGAAGAUUCACCUCAAGGGUCGCCCGGUCUCCUUAGAUCCGGUAUCGGGAGUGUUCGACGACACAUGGCUUUCCGGGAUAUGAAUAGCAUGAAAAGACAGCCGUCUAUUGCUCGACAUGCUUCGGUGCGAACGUCGCGACGACUCAGUAACUAUAACUCGGUAAUUCCUGUGCCUCAACCCCUCGAAUUCUCGCCGUCCAUGCAUCCGUUAAAGCGCCGAUUUGAGCCCGUCCUACUCGACCGUUACCCCACCCGCAAUAUGUCUGAAGAGCUGAAGCAGCGUGGAAACUUCCCAGAUUACGUUCCGAUGUUUGCUUUUCCGAACGAUAUUAACAUCGUUUCUUCUGAUGAACGACCGCGAUCGACUUGGCACGGAUUUGCCAUGACAACGGAUAAUGGCUCCAAGCUUCAUGCGAUUUGCGUGAUCAUCUGGAUUCCUCUAAACUCUCAGGCUGCGGAUGAGCUUGAAAAGCGCUGCGAGGAAUGGCGCAAGGAUAAUAUGACGGAUGAAGAGCGGGAAUUGGCUGCGAGUCUGGGAGAAAGAUUGGCUUCCGAGCGGGCGAAGCUGUCACAGCUGCUUGCCCAAUUACCGAAUGUCCCUUCGGGCUCCGAAUCCCGUGAGCAACUCGAGGAUGAGAUCAGUGCGGUUGAGGAGAAAAUCGGUCUCAUGACAGACCUCUUGCGUCCGGUUCGACAUGGUGCAGCCUCGAAGAUUGAGGGCCUCACUGAUGGCGAUACUGGAUUCUGGAUUCCCCGGGCAUACGGUAUUCUUGGCCGAGAGAGCACAAUGACCACGUUCUGGAAAGAAUGGUUGAAAGCAAUUGUUGUGCCAAUGACAGAGAACUCCGUCCAGCGUGUUCCUCCUAGUUCUCCCCGUAUGGGUGUCUGGCAACCCUUGGAGCGUUAUGUGAUGAACCUUUGCACAGAGGCAUUCUGUCCGGUGUCCUCAAAGACACAGGUUGAGCUUGCAAUACGAGAGCUACGCCUCUUCGCCCGGAAAGAAGCGCCGAAUGAACUUCCAGGAUCACGCAAUACUGAUCUUUACGCCUUGUUCCGAACCUUAUCGGUCCCCAAUAUCAUGAUCCUAUUCGAGUAUGCCCUCACGGAAUCCCGGAUCAUUUUCUUGUCCUCGCAUACUUCCAUGCUCUACCUUGCGACAAGAGCUUUGGUUGACCUUCUAUUCCCACUGCAAUGGACCGGUGUGCUCAUUCCGGUCCUACCAGCACGUUUGAUCCAAGCCAUUGAAGCACCCUGCCCCUACAUUAUCGGUAUUGAACGCCGCUAUGAGAAGGUUGAAUUACCAACCGACGACUUUGUACUGGUAGAUCUGGAUAACGACAUGAUUGAGAGUACUAUUCGCCCCACCCCACUCCCUCGCCACCAGCGCAGGAAACUCCUCUCACUUCUGCAACUGGCUGCUCCUCUUCAUAGUCGAUGUGGUGUUCCGACUGGACCUCCGGCAUACGCGAUUGAGACCUACCCCUGGGACUCUUUCUUGACAGAAUCUCCUGCCACCUACAACUCCAAAGCACCGGCGACCAACCUUGCCAAGUAUGUGGGCCUCAAUUCCAGCGCAUUCGGCUCCGCCGCCGUGGUUCCCAACUCUUAUCACCCCCCUAUCUUCAAUGCCUUCCUUCAUGCGCGUCAAGAGCAAGCGUCUUCUCGAGGCUAUUCUUCGAAGAGUUCCGAUCGUCAUGGGACUAGUGCGGGCUCCAGAGUUGCUACCUCCCCACCCUCUCCGCGAGAGAGUUCUCCAACCUCGGGUCACUUCCCUCCACCCCCUCCUACCCCUUCUUCACGGAAUGAUUCUGGUAUGGCUCUGCAAGCUUCGCUGCGGGAGAAGCGUUCGGGUCACUUCGAUGCUGCGUCUCGCAGAAGUUCCUCGUUCGGCGUGAACCGGCGUCCGAGUGCUCCAUUCCUAGGACAUACAUCUAACCUGUCAGUCACGACUCUGAACACGGAAUAUGGCACAGGAUCCACUUAUGCCCCCUCCGUGUACGCCCAAUCCACCAUCGCCGCCUCCACCAUUGUCCCGCAGGCUACCAUUCAACCAGUGGGCAAUUCUGAAGGCACGUGCUGGAUUGAAGGCCACUUGUUCCAGAUUCAGCCAUUUGACGAGAAGAUCGUCUGUGCCAUCUGUGACGAGCGAGCCGAUGAGGGGAUGUAUAAAUGUUCUUCGUGCAAAAUGAUCGUCCACAACCGCUGUGCCUCUCAGGUCUGCCUAGUGUGCGAUGCGGCUUUCCACGCUGAUCAAGUUCGCGCUGCAUUCGUGAGAUGCUUUGCCAGUUUAUUCUAUACUUACAAGAAGUAUCUUGUGCCUUCCAGUGGCGACAAGAAGAAAGCUGGCAUGUACUACAAUUUCAACAUGGAUGCUUUCAUGAAGAGCCUUCCAACUGAGCAUGCUGAGUAUAUUGCAGUUCUCCAGCAAACCCAAGGAUUCAACGAGUUCAUCAGUGAGCGUGAACGCACAAACCCCAAGACUAAGGAUUCGAAGAUGGCCCUGUUCGAUGAGAUUGUCCUGUCCAAACGCAACCGUGGCCGGACAUCAAUCUUCUCCGGUCGUUCUAUGACAGAUUUCUUGUCUGACACCUCCAACCAUUUAUGGCGGACUGCGAACGCGACCUUCUUCGCUCCCAGCCGCAGCCAGCAGAAUCUCUCACAAGAUUACACUCGCAUCAGCACUCGAGCACCGGCAAAAUUGGACACAAGUCUGAUGACAGAGCCCCGCAUGAUUCAUGGGGCCCCUCGGGUUUCUAAGACGGCAAAUACUGCCCGUAGGAAGCCACUGCCUAAGCUCAUGAAUGGAUUAGCGAUCACCCCGUCCAGUUAA